AUGGGCGCCGUGACAAAAAAACAGAAGCUUUCGAAAGAAAAAACCCAGAGCACGAAAACAGAGAACGAUGUUUCUCCUUCGCAUGAGCCAGUGCUGUCUCUGGAGGCAGAAGGCGCUUCCUCAGAAGAAAUUGAAGAAGCCAGUGAUUCUGAUCUAGACGACGAGUUUGACGUGGACAAUGUCUCUUCGGAUGACGAAAACGCUGCAAGCAGCGGGUCGGAAAGCGAAGAAGACUCCGACUCUGAAAGCGACGACGACAAGGUUCCUACGAAGAGAAAAAAGAAGGCUAGUGAUGAUGGAACAGGAACUUUUGCUACGGCAUUCAACGCCAUUUUGGGGUCCAAGUUGAAGGCAUACGACAGAAAGGACCCGAUUUUGGCCAGAAACAAGAGCCACCUCAAGAAAUUGGAGUCGGACAAGUUGGAGGCCAAGGCGAAGAGAUUGAUACUGGCGGAAAAAAAGGAUUUACGCGACAAACAAAGAAUCAAGAACCUUUUGCCUAAUGCCGAUGAGCCGGAAAAGGUCAGAGAGGCGCUCGAACGGGAAAGAGCAAUGAAGAAAGUGGCCCAAAAGGGUGUUGUGAGGUUAUUCAAUGCGGUGUUGGCUACGCAGGUGAAAACCAACCAGGAAAUCAGCAAAGAAAAAGUGGGUCUGUCCAAAAAAGAAGAGUUGAUGACAGAAAUCUCGAAAAACAAAUUCUUGGAUUUGGUUAAGGCUGCUGGACAAACAUAG